GACGGCUUCUAUCAGAAACUGGGCAGCCGGGCGACGGCGGACGAGCUCCGAAAGCCGGGCAGGAGGCACCGCUAGCAGCUUUGCCCGCCCGCGCCAAGCUCAGGAGCUCUUGAGAAGAACAGCCAAGGCCAUUCAGGCGCGUCUCUUGAGGGGACUCGGUCUCGGCGCAGUUCCCACCGGUAUGGCGAGCGACGAAGCAGCAUGAAUGGGCAGCCACAAGUGCGCUCUCGGCCCCUGACACGUGCGCUCCCCGUGGAGUCUCCCCGCCGCCUGCCUCCUCCGAAGCUGCCCAGCGCCUCAGCGGGAUUGGAAGCCCGGGCGAGACGGUGAAGCCGGCAGCUCGGCCCGAUUUGCCCCCCUGCGCGGACGCCCUCGCCCUCAUGGAGAGGAACCCCGGCGGGGCGGAGCGCCGAUCCGCUUCCUCCUCUGCCUCGACGGCGGCCGUCGGUUCUUCCUAGGCUCGGAGUCCAACCCGCUCCCGAGGCCGGCGGGGAGAUCCUUCAUGCCCCUUCUCGCCAAGUGCCAAACGGCAGGAUCUGCUUGGUCGCCCGCAGCUUUCCUGCGGAGUUUCCCCGCCGCUCUUUCCCCACCUUGCGCCACGCCUGAAGAUGCACUUGCGCGGGACUUUGCUGCUCCUCUCGCUCCUGAGCUUGGCCACCGUCAGCCUGUCGCUCUCCUCCUGCACGACGCUGGACCUGGAGCACAUCAAGAAGAAGAGGAUAGAGGCCAUCCGGGGCCAAAUCCUGAGCAAGUUGCGCCUAACCAGCCCUCCAGAGAGUGUGGGGCGAAGCCACGUGCCCUACCAAGUCCUGGCUCUAUAUAACAGCACCCGGGAACUACUAGAGGAGAUGGAAGAGGAGAAGGAGGACAGCUGCUCUCAGGACAACUCGGAGUCCGAAUACUACGCCAAAGAGAUCCACAAGUUUGACAUGAUCCAGGCCUUUCCCGAGCACAAUGAGCUGCCGCUAUGCCCCAAAGGAGUAACGUCCAACAUGUUCCGCUUCAAUGUGUCUUCAGCAGAGACAAACAUCACCAACCUCUUCCGGGCAGAGUUUCGGGUCCUUCGCUUGCCAAACCUCAGCUCCAAACGUUCUGAGCAGCGUAUUGAACUCUUUCAGAUCCUGAAACCUGAUGAGCAUAUUGCAAAGCAGCGGUACCUAAGUGGCCGAAAUGUACUGACACGGGGCUCUCCUGAAUGGCUAUCUUUCGAUGUCACAGAGACUGUCCGUGAAUGGCUUUUUCAUAGAGAAUCUAAUCUAGGACUGGAGAUUAGUGUCCAUUGCCCAUGUAACACCUUUCAAUCCAAUGGCGACAUUCUGGAGAAUCUGCAUGAGGUGCUGGAGAUCAAAUUCAAAGGAAUAGACGGUGAAGAGAGCCAUGGCCGUGGGGAUUUGGGGAGCCUGAAGAAACAAAAAGACCUGCAAAACCCCCACCUGAUUCUGAUGAUGCUGCCUCCACAUCGUCUUGGAAGUUCAGCUGUGAGAAGCCAGAGAAAGAAACGAGCAUUGGACACCAAUUUUUGCUUUCGGAAUCAGGAGGAGAACUGCUGUGUACGUCGUCUCUACAUCGAUUUUCGUCAAGAUCUGGGCUGGAAAUGGGUGCAUGAGCCAAAGGGAUACUUUGCUAACUUUUGCUCCGGGCCAUGCCCUUACCUUCGUAGUGCAGAUACCACACAUAGCACGGUUCUUGGUUUAUACAAUACUCUGAAUCCUGAAGCAUCUGCUUCCCCCUGUUGUGUUCCUCAGGAUCUGGAUCCCCUGACUAUCUUGUAUUAUGUUGGAAGGACCCCAAAAGUGGAACAGCUGUCUAACAUGGUUGUGAAAUCUUGCAAAUGCAGCUGAAAAGGACCCAGUGCAAUUUCCAGCUCAGAAACGGCAACCACUACCCUUGAUCCCAGAGUAAAACUCAAUCCUAAACCCAUUUCUGCCUUCCUGACUUUAUCACCUUGUUUCCUUAUGAAGUUUUUUUUUUUCCAUGUAUGGAUGUUUGAGGAAAUGGACACAAUGCAAGCUAGAUUUUUAAUGGAUAAAGGCCACCAAAUAAGGGAUUUUCCCAAGGAAGAAAUCAUGAGCAGAGUUGGAGCAUGCAGAGCAUAUAGAAAAACUUGACUUUUUUGCCCAUCACUAACUGUUUCAUCGAGCUCAACCUUUUUUGCAAGAGGAGGAUGGCUGGUUUCCUUUUAACUGGACAUAUUUUAUUAGCACCCAUACCAUAAUGGAAGUCAUUAUUCUGCAGACAGUGAGCACACAAAAUUUGUGGUCCAAAUAUGAAUCUUCUUCUCUUCUCUGUUUUCUCUUUCCUCCUGGAACACCUGCUGGAGGGCUUCUGCCACAGUGGUUGGCUAUGUCUCUCUAUCCCAACCCUGUUCUUUGGUAUCUUCAAAGAAUCUUGAGGCUGUUGUGGUGGUUGAGAUCUUCUUUAAAAAAAAAUCUGCCCAUCUUGUACAAGGACUUAGCCUAGGCCACACCUGCCAAAAUUUUAUACAAAAUGUUAAUCUCAAUAUUGUAAAAAAUAAAUAUUUUUCUUUUGGAUAUUAGAAUUUUAUGUUCAAGAAAGUUGUUUCCGUAUGGAAAGGAAGAGAUACUUCUACAGCUGUGGAAGAACCCACACAGGUCAAUCUAUAGCACUUAUUGCAGCAAGAAGCCACCCUUGAUUAAAACCACAUUUUCAGUGACUGAGAGUCAUGAAGGAAAUAGUAAUGCUGAAAUGAGAUUUGCACAAGCCAAUGGGACCAAUUUGGUUCAGUUGUUGUUUCACUCUUCAUUUGGUGGUGUUGGAUUAAUGUUUUAAUUUUCCUAAUUUGUUUUUAAAGAUGUGUUAAACCUGUGACUGAACUUGUAAUACUUAUAUUAUUUUGAACUAGCCCCACUUUAAAAAAAAAAGAAAAGAAAAAAACCACUCCAUUGUUAUUUGCCAUUUAUGUUCUCAAGGGACUAACUUGCAGACAUACCAAAAUUAUUAUUAGUUUUUCCAGAAAGUAGAUUGACCAUUCUAGAUAACCUUGAGAGACAUGUAGCAGGACGAAGGAUUGGUUUCAGUUGUUAUGAAUAGAUGUUAACAUAAGUAUCACAGUGAAAAGGGUAGCUCUCUGGUCUCCUUAAGGCCCGAACAACUGAAAAGAGCCCACACUGUUAAAAUAACAGUUGUUUCAGUUGCUUCAACAAUGGAAUCAGGCAUAUUCAAAAAGCAUUACUUUUGUCAACCUGACUGCUGACAUAUUCUCCCUAUUGCUUACUUGUCAGUUUCAUAUAGCAAUAGCACUUAAGACUUAUAUACCACUUCACAGUGCUUCUCCAGCCCUCUCUAAGGGGUUUACAGAAUCAGCAUAUUGCUCCCAACAAUCUGGGUCCCCAUUUUACCGACCUUGGAAGGCUGAAUCAACCUUGAACCUGAGAUUUGAAUUGCCAAAUUGCAGGCAGUCAGCAGUCAGCAGAAGUAGCCUGCAGUACUGUAUUCCAACCACUGCGCCACCGCAGCUCUUAUUUAGACAUUGGGUGGAUAAUUUUUAAAUAAUUAACUACAAGGAUCUAGACAGGCUGAAUGAGCAAACAAGUAUAGGGUGGUAAGAGAUUUCUUCUCUUUGCCCAAUCACUGUGGCUCUGUUCUAACUCCUCUUGUAGCCUGGAAGUAGUCACCUCAUGCAGAUCAGGACAAUAACAAAAGUGUUUCAUCUCCUGCUCCCUCCCUCCCCCAUUUUGGGUUCUAAUCAUAUUAGAACACUGCAUCUUUACUUUAAAAGUUUUUUUUGUUGUUGUUUAGAUUGCUACUGAAAGAGUAGUGUUGGAAGACCUGAAGGGCCUGGUUAGAGACAAAGUGUCCUAGAGAAAAUCUAUGUGGAAUGCUAAGAGUCACAUUGAUUAGGUGGCAUAUAAUCAAUCAAUCAAUGAAAGCAUAACAGAUAUUCCUCAAGGUGAGGAAGAAUACAUUUGGCUUCCAAACUACAUGGAGGCCCUUAGGCAGGGAAACAGAAAACCACUCUUUUAGCACUUCUUCUUCUUCUUUUUUUUUUUUUUGCUACAAACAAGACAAAUGGGCUAUUGGGGUUUGCCAGUUCAAAAUAUGACAUUGAAUUGCAUAUUCCUUUUCUUUAUUUCUGUUAAACCCUAGCUAGGCCUCUCUCUAGCACAACCUUAUUACUGUUCACUUUCUAUCAUGCUGUUCUAAUCGCUAAUAAGAAACAUUUUUAUGAAACAUGAAAAAUUCCAGAUACAGCAGCUGGGGUGGUGUCAAUCUAUCAUAUCAACUCUUUGGCUAAGAGCCUGUGGCAGGGAAACUCAAAUUCAGAUAAGAGGGUACUUCCCACUCAUUGCUUAGCUUUUAGCCUUCUAAUUUUUCUCUUAAGAUCUCCUUGAUAUAUAAAAAGUUAAAAGUGAGGCAAGUAAAUGUCCCAAGGACAUACUUUACUGGGUUUUAACUUUUGUGGACAAGAGACAUCUCUUGAUUUCUGCAAUAAUCUAUAUAAUUUUGAAAUGAAAUAUUUAUAAAUAAAUCACAGCACAUAAAUUUAA